GAGGCGGAGACAGCCCUGGCCCCGCCGCCGCCGCCGCCGCCGCCGCCGCCGCCGCCGCCCGCGGCCCUUUCCGGUGCCUCCCCCUGGCCGCUGCUGCCACAUCCUCCGCUGACAUCAGCCCGCGCCGCCAUAUUGCGCCAGGAGCCGCCUCCGCCAGCUCGGCCGCAGGGGGGGGACCCCGGCCCCCGCCGCCUUCUCCUCCUGCUCCCUCGCCGCGGCCGAGCCCCGCUCCCCAUGAGUCCGCCCGGCCGGCCGCAGCCGCGGUGCGGGUAGGGCCGAGGCGGGAGCGGCUCCCGCGGCUUCCUCCUCCUCCUCCUCCUCCUCUUCCUCCUCCUCCUCCUCUUUCUCCUCUUCCUCCCCAGCGGUCGCCGAGCCCCCCUCUGUCUCUCUCCCCCCUCCCCGCCGCCUCCGGCCAUGACUUCCCUCACCCAGCGCAGCUCCGGCCUGGUGCAGCGCCGCACCGAGGCUUCCCGCAGCGCCGCGGCCGCCGACAAGGAGCGGGGGGCCGGCGGCGGCCCCGAGGACGAAGGCCGCCGGGACGAGCCGGGGGACGACGAGAAGGGCGACUCCAAGGAAACGCGGCUCACCCUGAUGGAGGAGGUGCUGCUCCUCGGCCUCAAGGACCGCGAGGGUUACACAUCAUUCUGGAAUGAUUGCAUCUCCUCAGGAUUGCGUGGCUGCAUGUUAAUCGAAUUGGCAUUGCGAGGGCGUCUUCAGCUAGAGGCUUGUGGAAUGAGACGCAAAAGUCUAUUGACCAGAAAGGUGAUUUGCAAGUCAGAUGCUCCUACAGGGGAUGUUCUGCUUGAUGAAGCUCUGAAACACAUAAAAGAGACCCAGCCUCCUGAAACAGUACAAAAUUGGAUUGAACUGCUUAGUGGUGAAACAUGGAACCCAUUAAAGUUGCACUACCAGUUACGAAAUGUCCGUGAACGGUUAGCUAAAAAUCUAGUGGAAAAAGGUGUACUGACAACAGAGAAACAGAACUUCCUUCUUUUUGACAUGACUACGCACCCUCUCACCAACAACAAUAUCAAACAGCGCCUCAUCAAGAAGGUUCAAGAAGCAGUUCUUGACAAAUGGGUGAAUGACCCCCACCGCAUGGACAAGCGCUUGCUGGCACUUGUUUAUUUAGCCCAUGCUUCAGAUGUUCUGGAGAACGCUUUUGCCCCCCUUUUGGAUGAGCAGUAUGAUUUAGCCACAAAGAGAGUGCGGCAGCUUCUGGAUUUAGACCCUGAAGUUGAAUGUAUGAAAGCCAACACGAAUGAGGUUCUGUGGGCUGUUGUAGCAGCAUUCACAAAAUAACUGCAAUCAGACUGAAAUGUUCUCUUUUCUUUCAUGUAAACCAGUUGUUUCUCUUCUAUUGUCUAUUCAUGUUUUCUGUAAUUUGUACCUUCUCAUAUGAAUCGACUCUUGUUUAAUGGGAAUUAUAAGUGGUGUAUUCCCUCACUCUGUGCAUCUGUAUACAGGAUUCUGCUGGUACAAGAGACCUUCCUGUUUAAAACAACAACAGAAAAAGGUUUUACUGCCAUAUUGGCAUUCCAUUUCCUAUUAAAUUUGAGUUAACUGAAAUAUUUCUGUUACUCUAUUUUUCAUCUUAUUGUUAUUGAAGUGGUUUAACAUGGAAAGCACCUCGAGGAAAUGUGCAUGCAAUUGGAUCACUAGUCUCAGCUGACACAGAUGUGUGCAUGCAUCAGUACUUCUGCAGUACAAUUCAUAACAAAUCAAAAAGGGCCUUUUUAAAAAGUCACCAAAGCUCCAUGUUGAAGUGUCUGUCAGGGCAUUUUAUACACAGAUAUUAUUUCAAUUAUAUCUAACAAAAUUACUUUAAAAGCAGAAAUUCCAUUUAGCAGCUUUAUUGAUAGUUCCUGUAAAAUGCCCCAUAAAUUUUACUUUUCAUGUAAGUCUCUUGUGUACUUAUACUUUCAUUAGAAUGAUAGCUGAGUCACAAGGCUAGUGUAGAAAGGUCCAAUUGUUUCAUAAACCAGUUUUGGGAUGGGAUACAUUCCAUUAUAUUGUAAAUAUAGUUCAAGUUGUAUAUUAACAACUGCCCCAUCUUAGUAUUUUGCAAGAUCUACUUAGUUGUACACCUGGUGCCCCUUACUUGCUGUCAGUCAUUGCCAUUUGGUGGAAGGAAAGGCCUCUUACAAGGAGUAUGUAUGUGAAAGCUGUUCUUUUCCAGUGUCUACAGAGUUUGCCGUCUGGGUAUUCUCUGUCUAUGCAUUGCCUUUUGAUAAUUAGUAUACAGAAAGAGACCACUUUCUGUCCUCUCUUUUUUUUUUUCCUCCCUCCUGUAUGGAAGAGGCUUGUGACCAGUGCAGUUCUUGAGUGCAGUUUUUAAUUUUGUUUGUACACAAGUUAAUGUUUGUCUCUUAAAUGUUAUAAUCUGUUUUACAUUUUAAAAACAGUCUAGCAGGUGUUGCAUGUAAAUGGUUAGCAAGUAAUGACUGCAGUUCAGAUGAUUAAGAUUUCUGUAAUGGGACACUCUACUAUAUUUUAAUUUUUAUAUACAAUUAUGCUGAUUAGCACACUUGUAAAAAACAAAACAAAACAAAAAAAAACAACUAUAUAAAACUUUGGCUUUUUAAAACUUAUUGCCUCUUUACCACUGCUUGUUACAUCUCCCAUUUGUUUUAGUGUAAAUAUUAUGCAUUGAACAAAUUAAGCAUUGAUUUAUAUAUAUUUUUUUCCUUAACGCAGAUUUAUAGCGGGGCUUACAGGUGUUUAGAAACUUUAUUGGUUAAUAUUCAGAGCAAGAAUACUAGAUGGUGUAUAACUGUAGAGCUGAAAUUUAAGAGAUCCCUUAAUCUGUAUACUAGCUUUUUACCUACAGUAAAUAAACUAUGAUCUUGAAAGUGCCUGAAACAGAGCAAGCAUGUCAUUUUUAUUUUUUGUUGCUAAUUAGUAAGGUUUAUUGCUUAACUGAAAGCUUUAGUUAAUAUCCUUCUUAUUAGAAAGGGCGAGUUUAUAUUAAGUAGAUCAAACUGACCUAAUCGGUGGAGUCGCUCAGAUCUGCAGGGUUCAUGACCGAGACAGACUGAGUUAGCAUACGAGUGUGCAACUGUGCCAGCCAUGGGUAGACCUCUUCUAUCUUGAGCACAACUCUACAGCCUCAUCUGUGACUGGACUUCCAAUUUUGCACCUCAUUUCGUAUCAUUUAGAUGCUUAAGUAGUUGACUUUAAAAUACAACUUAAAUUCAUCAUACUUAAGUAACCUUUUUUUAAAUAAAGGUUUUUAAAAUGCAGUCCUUAACAUUUAAUGCCACGCUGUUCUUUCAGUUCUUAAAUGCUGUUUCUUUAGAAAAAUGAAAUUAAAAGUAUAUUGUAAGGUAUUUCAAACUCUGGUUUACAAAUAAAAAGAUACAGUGUUUUC